GUUACUGUGCGAGAUUGAAACGAAAUUGUUGCGAUUGUAAAAUUUGUUUAAGAGAGUAUCAAGAGUAUGAUUUUUCCGCGGUAUUUUCGACUGAUACAAAGCUGGUUUCCAUCGAACAAUUGGCUAGUGAAGUUGUCAUUGUUUCAUGAUAAACGAGGACCAGUUUGGGCCACUCUAAAAAUAUUGACUGAUACACUUAAGAGGCACAAUAUCAAUUAUGCCGUUGUUGGAGGUGUUGCUGUACACAUACAUGGUUAUGAGCGCCUUACAAACGAUUGCGAUAUUUUGCUAGCAAAAGCGGAUGUCAAAUGUUUUGAAGAAAAUAUUGUUGGAACGUAUGUCAAGCCGAAGUUCAAAGGAGCUAAGAGAAAAUUCGUUUGCAACGAGACGAAAUGUCCGAUUGACAUUAUCAUUGAAGGCGAGUAUCCAGGCAAAGGAGAAGAAGUGCCAGUGGCAUUCCCUUCUCCAAGAACAUCCAGCCAAUUGAUUGAUGGUAUGUGGGUUAUAACAUUGGUGAAAUUAAUUGAACUCAAACUUUCAUCGUACAAAUCAUUGCCUGGGCAUCGUGUAAAAGAUAAGGCCGAUGUAGUUGAAUUGAUCGUAGCUAACAAUCUGAAAAAACCAUUUGCGGAUCUUCUUCACCCAUAUGUGCGAAGCGAUUAUAAAGAUAUCAUUGAUUUAAUGGAAAAAGAAAAACUUGAAAUUAAAUGAAAAUCG